CUCCCUCACAAUUCAUAAACCCUAAAUCAAAUCUUCCUCUCUCACGCCCCAACGCUUCUCGGAACUCCGGCAACAAUACCGCCGCCUCACCGUUCCGGCGUUCCAUCCCGCACACCAUCGCAAACUGCACAACUUCGACAACCUCCUUCACCGCAUUCUCGUUUUCAGCCGCACAAUCACCGAAGAAGUAGAAGAAAGAAUGGAGAAUUCCGAAGAAAACAACGAGAUUAAUACUACAACAACAACAUCAAAUGACGAGAACUCGAAAUCAGAAUCGAAAUUGAAACUGAAGAAGAAAUUGAAGUUGAAGAAGAAGCUGGAGAAAGAAACUGAGAAAGCUGAUAAGCGUGGUGUUUGCUAUUUGAGUCGAAUUCCUCCUCACAUGGAUCAUGUCAAGCUUCGACAACUUCUCUCUCAAUUCGGUGAUAUUCAAAGGAUUUUUCUCGCUCCUCAAGAUUCUUCUGCUAGAGUGCAAUCUAAGCGGUCCCGGGCAUCCCAAGACCAAGCUUAUUCGGAAGGAUGGGUUGAAUUCGCCAAUAAAUUUGUUGCCAAGAGGGUUGCCAAUACGAUAAAUGGUGAACAGAUAGGGGGGAGAAAGAGAUCAUCUUUCUACUAUGACCUUUGGAAUAUUAAGUACUUAAGCAAGUUCAAGUGGGAUGAUCUAACUGAAGAACUAGCCUUUAAGAGAGCUACUCGGGAGCAAAAACUUGCAUUAGAACUUUCUGCUGCCAAGAAAGAGAGGGAUUUCUAUCAAUCCAAGGUUGACCAGUCGCAUGCUUUGAAUGCUAUAGAGGAGAGGUUAAAGAAGAAGCAGAAGGUUCAACAAGACUCAGUACAAGUGGAAAAAGUGAUACGGCAUUUCCAUCAAACAAAACCUAUAGUAGCUAAUGCUAAAGAAAGUAAACGUGAACUGUCAGAUGAUAUUCUAGAUGCAGUAUUUAGCGGCUUUUAAUGCAUGUAUUGAUAUCUCCAACAUACGCCGAUGCUCCCUUGAUGUAUUUAUUCAUUUGUAAUGGGUUAUCUAGAAGAAAAAAAAUAUUGUUCAGGUUUUCAAACUGAAAAUCAAAGUAAUCUGUAUACAUAACAGGCAACGAUGUUAACUGUAGUUGAAAUUUUUAAAUUAGCCAAAGAUCUUGUUUUCCUUGCAUUGUUUUGCCACUGUUACAGAAUGUCAAGUUAUGAAUUAUAAACUCCAAAUCUGUUGUCUCGAA